AUGAGACUCCAGUGGGGCUCACUCAGCGUCUCUGGGAAGGAUAAGAUCUACUUUUCUCUUCUUCCACUUGCUGCCCUGGAGUCUCCAUCGACUAAAAUGACCAAUUUUGUGCUGUUUCACUGGAUUCUGAUACAGAUCUUUAUAGCACACACGGCAUCCCAAACUGUUGUCAGAGCAGUGACAGGGCAGCCUGUCAAGCUGCCUUGUGACUACCAGGUGACUCGGCGUACGGGCAUCUCCGAUGUGUGCUGGGGCAGAGGCUCCUGCCCAAAUUCAAAGUGCAAGAACACCAUUUUGGAAACCCAUGGAAGUACGGUGAGAUCCAGAAAAUCUCGGAGAUACGACCUCCAGGGCUCUAUUUCCACUGGAGAUGUGUCUCUCACGAUUGGGACGGUGGAGGCAGGAGAUGCCGGUGUGUACUGCUGCCGUGUGGAGAUCCCGGGAUUGUUCAAUGACAUCAAGAAGAACAUACGGCUGGAGGUGGCCAGAGCCCCUCCAGUGACGACAACCACCACGAGAAAGGCUCCCGUUUCCCCCAAAGGUGUUAGAAAAACAACUUUUGCUCCCCAGGCAACCUCUGGUCUUCAGCCAACAGCAGAGACUGCUGUCCUCCUGACAACCACAAGCACCGAGUCUCCAGCUGUAACUACACUGGAGACCGUUGCUCCUCCAACAAUUCCUAUGACAGAAAAUUAUACUUUUCCAGUAACCAUGGUGACAACCAGUGCUCCCCUGGAUUCUUCAGCUAUCUCCCAUGAAGAUGACAUGUUUUGUGUCACAGAGCCUGGUCCCCUUCCUGGAAGUACAGAGGUGACUACUGAAUUCCCAAAUAUACUCCUGACUGAAGAGGGAAGUACAAGUGCUGACACCUCUGUCAUGAUGGAAAAGGUGCCAAACGCAGGGAUUUCAGCAAAUUCAGAUGUCAAGGCUGAGCAACAUGAUGAUAGUGGAGAUAAGUUUCCCAGCUCUGUCAUUCUCAUUGCCUGUGUCACAGCGGGGGCCAUUCUUUUCGUGUUGAUGUUCUCACUGUUUUGGAAACGUAAACACGUAAAGAAACUUAUAAUAAAAAGUGUUGGACCUCCAGAAGAGCGUGAGAAAGUUUUCAGUGGUGCCGAAGGAGAAAACAGCAUUUUUUCCCUGUGAAGACCUCGUACAUUAUCUGUAGAUGCUGUGGAAAAUAAAAAGGGCCUGUUUCAUGCUGCACUAAGAGAUGCUUAUGAGUCUCCAAAAUAUCAAUGGGUGUAAACCACAGGCCAGAGCUUCAACUACAAAAAUUUAAAAUCUUCAUGCAAAUUAUACCAUAUCACCCUUAACACUCAUUGCAUAAAGAAGCUUAUUUGAGAAGGGGCUUUAUGCAUUAUUCAUGGAUGCUUCUGGUAUCUGCCUUCUUACUAACACCAUGUUGCGCAAUUGAAUUUAUUUUUCUCCAUUUUUGCUAAUGCUCUUCUUUGAAUACAACUUAUACUGUGAGGAAGAGAAAAGAUAUUACAUGGAAGGCUGCCUAUCUUCAAAUUGCCAAAAGGAAAGAAAAAAAUCAGAAACUAUAGUUCUUAUUGCUUUCAUGUAAUCAACAGAAAAAUUAGCUACAAGAAUGCUGUGAGUUUAAAUCAAAAAUGCAGACUACUUAAGAGGUACCAAUAGUGCCUGUGAUUCAGCAUGUUUGAAUGACCCUUGGAGAUUAUGUUAAUAAACUUUUAAUUUACCACU